GUGGUACCGUUUCCUGGGUGACGGCCGCGCGGAAGAGGCGGGGCUAGGGCCCUGGCCCGCAUUGCCCGGCUCUUGGGGGCCGUGACCCGGAGCCGUGGAUGCUGAGAGUCAGCCAGGAGCCGGGCGGGAGAGCGCCAGAAAGCGGCGACUCUGGACCGGGUCCGAGCCGGGGGCCGCGCGUCCCGGGCGGCGGCGCGGGCAGGCCAUGCCUCGGGACUCCCCGUCGCUGUGGGAGCUGGUGGAGGAGCACAUUCCGCUCCUGGAGAGGCCUGAAGUGAAGAGGAUUCUGGGGGAGACCACGGUGGACCUGAGCCUGGAGCUGCGGACAGAGGUGGUGAUGCUACGGUCUCUGCUCCGAGAGGCUCGAUCCUCCCAAGCCCCUGGCUCCUGCCCCACCUCUGACCCCUCCUCUCUUCUGGCGCCACCACGCCUCCUAAGAGACCUCGUGCGCCAGGAACUGCGGCAGCUGCUCCAAGCUCUCCGCCAGAAGGCCAUCUUCGAGGGCAGGGACCAGACCCAGGCUUGGGUCCAGUAUAGCCCCAGGGUCCUGCGCUUUGCCUUGGAGGAGCCCAGGUGUGAUUUGCUGGAACAGGGGAUAUUCCAGAUGACAGCUGGUGAACUCAGCAGCAGUCCCCAGGACCUCAGCAUCAUCAAGGACCGACUGAACGUGUCCAGCAUUGACCAGGUUGCUGGACACCUGCGGAGCCUCCUGGAGGAGGAGUGUCGCGCCUUGGAGAGGGAGAUCCCCAUCCUGCAGCGCUGCCUGGAAGAGGAGUAUACAGGGGGCCCCCAGCCCUCCGAGGCAACCCUGGAGCCCACCCUGGCAGAGCUAAAGGAGCAGAAGGCAGCCAUGCAACAGGAGCUACAGGCACCCCUGAGGCCUUCCUGCGUCUCUCCCAGCCACAGGCUGCAGCCCCUAGGGUCCUCCGGUCGGGACCUCAGACCCUUGCCUUGCCUCCGUGGGGCCGCUGGAGUUUGGGGCAGGCCUCCCCAGCGCUGCCUACCUGCUCCUCCUCUGGAGCACUGUCCCCGCCCGCGGGGCCUGGCCGUCGCCUGCCGCUGGGGACGGAAGCUUCAGUGCAUCCCCAGGGAAAAGCCAGCUUCCACUCCAGCGUCCAGUGCAGCGCCCCAGGCCCCAACCUGAAGGGCUGGCCAUGACGGAGGCUUUGGCUUCUGCUGGAACUCGCCCCAUCUGCUGCUGCCACCUCUCAGCUGCCAUGGCCCAGCCGCUUCAGAACCAGUCUCGCCAGGACCCCGAGGCUGUCCUCUUGGGCCCUCCCCCCACCCCAUUACCAGGUUCCUAGUAUCUGGUCCCAGCCUCCACAAAGGCCUGGCAGGCAGAGGUCUCAUUGCAGCCCUGACUUCAGUCCCCCUGGGGGACCCAGACAAAGCACAGCAGCAGCUCAGAGACAGGAAUAGAAAUUUCAUUAAAAUCUAUGGACUUUAAAA